AUUUUAGAAAUGGAAAGAAUGCAAAACGAUGAAGGUAAUGGGAGUAACACAAUCUCAAGUUACUAUGACCAAAGCUCUGAUUCAUCCCGCCCCCACGAAGAACACCCUUCCCAACCCUCCGAAAUCCUUUCCUUAACUGACAUCCCCAACACAGGCGAAAGCCUGUAUUAUUCCCCUAAUGCUGACAUCUCUCUGGGCGAGGACAAGUCCAAGCUUGAAGAAGAGAAAAGUGAAGUUGAGUCUGAAGAAUCUGAAGAUACAGAGACCAGUGAAGAAAGUGAGGAUGGACUAGCAGAGAUUGAAGGUGUUGAAGAGGAGAUGAGUGGAAUAGAAGUGGUAGAUGAGCUGGUAAGGAAGGUAGAGAGAAUGCAGGAGUUGAGGAAGAGACCGGAUGAUGCGAAAGGGAAGGUGAAUAAGGCUAUUAAGAAGGCUCUGAAGAGGAUAAAGACUGAGGAAGGGAAUUAUGUGUUGGGAAUUAAUGGAGAUGCUUUACUGAACUCUUUUUGGCAAGCUCUAAGAAAGACAGAUUUUGACCACAUCUGCACAACCUACGAAGCUUACUCCUCUACCAACAAAUUUUACAAACUCCUUAAGAAACAAGAGGAUCAGACAAAGAAGAUCAAGAAAGAGUGUGAAAAGAGCAAGAACAAAUCUGAAAGUUUCAAGGCAGGAGUCGGCCGGAAACUUAAAGACCUGAAAGGUGUACUGGAAGAGAAGAAACUCAAUGGAGAGAUGCUAGCCCUAGUUCUAGAUAGUAGUAUUAAACAGAGAAUGUGGCAGAAGACGGGAGUGGAAGGGUAUUUUAGCAGUGUAGAUAAUAGAGAAUUGGUGGAGAAGCUAAGAAAUCAGAUUAUUAAGGACUUUAUGACUAAAGCUUGCACCAAAUCUUUAUCUCGGAAAGAAUUUACAAAUAAACUACAAACUAUUUUCGAGAAAAUUUCCCUUCAUCAAGAGAAAGUUUUAGACAUCAUACUGAAGCAGGCAAAGAUCAUUCAGAAAGAAUAUAAUCAACCAGACCAAGCACAGAAGCCAAUGGCUGUUGAUUCUUCAAACGCUGAGUUAAAUGUACUCCAAAAAGGAAAAGAAGACUUAGAGAUGAAGCUACAAAAGACUAUUGAAGAGCAUUCAAAGGAGAUUUCUGACUUCAAAGCUAAAAAUUUACAGCUAAAUGAAGAGAAAAAUGACCUGGAACAGAAAAAUAAACAGAUACAGAAUGAGACAUCCAAAACAAAUGAUCUUAAAGCAGAAAUAGAAAGACUACAAUCAGAACUAGCCCAAGAGAAAAAGCAAAAACUUAUCAAAGACAAAGCGAAUGAAAUCUUAAAAUCCAAGAACGAUCAAUUACAGACCGAUUUAAAGAAGAUGGAGGAAGUUAGUAAAGAGAAUUCCUCAGAAUCCCCUUCUGAAGCUCAAAAUUCCACCUCACUAUCCACUCUCCAAAGUGAAAACGCUUGUUUAAAAACCAAUCUCGCAGCAGCCAAGGCUAAAAUCGAAGAGCUUGAGUUAUCCAAAACUGAUCUUUCUGACCAACUAGAGAGUUUUAAGUCAGAUUACUUGGAGAUGACAGCUGAGGUUAAGCAGUUUGAGAGCCAGUUUAAAGGACUGAUGGAGGAAUGUGAGGAAAAGGAGGAGAAUGAAGAAAUUGAGGAGAUUGAGGGAUCAGAAGAGGAGAGAAUUAAGUAAUUGAGUUUAGUGAGUCAAGAUUA